AUGCUGGUCGACACCAACGCGCGCGACACGGCCACCGCCACCACGACCCUCUUCUUCGGCGGCACCCAAAAACACAGAGGUCACAGUCACAGUCACAAGGUGGUGGCGGCGCCCAUCGGCUUCGCGCACGUGGGCCAUCAACAAGAUCUACCACCCCGCCACGGCAAGCUGGCCGUGGCGCGCGCGCCGCGGGCCGAGCUGAAACUUGCCCCGAUUGAGAGCGUUCCGGAGGCGAAUGGGGCCGGCGCCAGCGGUGGCGUCCGGUUCUUUCAGCUGUAUAUGCCCCAUGAUGACGAGCUGACGGUUAGGGUGCUUUUCUUGACGGUGGAUACGUGGCAGUUGGGCUGGAGGCAUGAUGAUGUUGCGACGAGCAAUUAUGCUUUUUAUCAUGGCAUCGGAGCCGAACUCGGCCUUAGCGACCCCGUCUUCCAGAAGCGGCUCAAGGAGAAGAGCAUCGAUCCCGUCAAGCAGCCGGACGAGGCAGGCGCGCUGUGGAUCGACAAUGUCUGGCACGGCCGCGCCCACACGUGGGAGAAGGUCAAGUGGGUCAUGGGCGAUGCGAAGCGAGCGGUGGAGAUUGGAUGCGAUGGCAUAGUGGUUAGCAACCAUGCUGGCAGACAUACAUCAUAUUCGAUUUCGGGCAUUCGUGGCGCUUCGGACGUCUUCAAAGCCCUUGCGCUGGGUGCAAAGUUCGUCUUCCACGGCGUCCGCCAUGUUAUGAAGAGCCUGCUCGCCGAUUUCGAUAUCCUGCUCAAUGUUGCUGGUUUCCAGAGUGUAGACCAGAUAGACAGGACUGCGCUGGAGUCAUAUCCGCGGGGAUAUCCCCUGUUGCCGGAGAAAUCGAAGCUAUAG